AUGUUAAGUUGUCGUAAUAGUUCAGUUGCCGGAUAGCGCUACUUGAUUGCGGAAACUGCACACAGUCUUUUAUGUGUAUUUCUCGUGAUAGAAGUUCGUCCUCGACGUCGUUCGGAAGUCACAAUGGACAGAAUAAUCAUAUAUCUUGGUGCACUUCUGUUGAUGGUUUCUUGCAAUGCAAUGACGAGAUGUUAUAAUUUCAACUCCACCACAGACAUCCACGCGACUGUCAUAAUCUGUGACGACUCUUGUUUGAAGAAGAUUGUCAAGAACGAUAAAAAUUCCCCAGAAUUUCUGGUCCAGACUUGCGGUCCCGUCGUCAGCAAAGAAGAAGAGCUGCAAUGUAAGACAGGAGAGAAACUUAAGACUUUCGAACACACCUGCCUUUGCAGAGGAGAGUACUGCAAUCCGGCAGCCAAGGCGAACGUUUCCUUUCACUUCGUUCUUUGGGCGAUGGUCGUUUUCUUGCUCCUCGCGUAGAAGGCUUAAUGAACGCUCCUUUUCAGAGACACUGAACGCUGCCUGGUGAACUCUCGGUGAAAAUAUGUAAUGUGUCUCCCUUUUCUAUUUUUUUCUUGGGUUGGUAAUCACUUAUAAUGGAUUGUAACUAAUGCUGGGCUUUCUUAAUAGUUUUUUUUUAAUUGGGAUAAUGUCAGAGGUGCAGUAUAUUACUAUGUAAAAUAAAAUUACAAGUUAGAGGAA